AUGGCCAAGAAGGACCUAUCCGACCAUGUUAUAUAUGGGGAAGAUGUUCCUAAUGAUUCCGACUCGAAUUCUGUCUUGUUAAAUUCCUUUGGACCACCUAAAAAGAGCAGGACAGCCCAUUACAACGACGAUAUUAGGCUCUGCAUCAUCGAAGAAGUCUACAGACAGCCGUUAUUAUGGGCCGCUACAAGCGGCGAACCAGUAACAAUGCUACAUAGGAGACGAGCUUAUAAUGAGAUAGCUAGUAAGAUUGGCAAUCAAGAAAACGGAUUAAAAGCUGUUGAUGUUGAACGACAAUGGAAAAACUUAAAGGUAAUCGCCGCCUUCUAUGACAAUGAAGCUUCUGACUUUAGGAUACGUAUAUCAAGUUGAAGAAGAAAGUUAUCACAGAUGAUGAUGGAACUUUGUUGAUUCCCAAAUGGAAAUUCUUCCGAUGUUUGGCGUUUAUUGAUAACGAAGAUCUGGAAUGUUUUAAUAUAGAAGAGGAGAUAAAAUUGGCCCGGAGAGAACAUGGCAUUGAAGCAAAGGGCCCUGUAAAUACUUCUACCCCACAAACAAGCAGUAAUAAAAAUACAAAUAGUGGUAACGGCAGCAACGUUGUCGAAGUCAUUACGGUAGGCCGACCGAAGAAACGUGUUAGGGUCGACCAAGAUGUCUCACGAAUUUCCAAUGAUCACCAAACGGUUGUGAUGACACCUACAUCAUCAAAAAGACAAAAGGAAGACGAAGAAGCGGACGAAUACAUUGCUUUCUGUAAGUCGAAUCUCCUUGUCAUUAUCUGAAUAGGUAAUUCUCUAAUACAUCCAUUGCGUGAGAUUGGAGCUUACAGUAAACUGGAAUAUUACAAGUUCCAAAAAAUGAUUCGAGAUGCCUUAUUUGAUGUCCAAAUGCAAAUCCACACAUCAAAACCUUCAUGA